AUGGCAGAGCAGAGCAGCCGCGAUGUGGUAGAUCAGACCCUGUCGGGCGGCGAGCCUUCGCCUUCCGACGUUCCUGCGAGCACCAACGACAAACCAUCUGCUGGAGGGGACGUGGGGAAGACCGAACAUAUCGCAAUGAACACUACAUCUAACGACGAAACCCCAAAUGGCCAUGGAACAACAAACACGUUUGAUUCACAGGGAGAAGGAACAAGCAGUGACAAGGAUACCGGAAGCCGUACAACGGGCACUGGACUUGUUGCGACCAGGGUGCUUGAGCUCAACGGAUUGGCCUCGGCUUCAGAUGGCGGAGGCGACGACACAGCGUCACAAGGCGGUUCAGAAUCGGAUGCGAGUCGAACGGAUAGCAGGAAUCACACGCGCAAUGGCUCUGUUAAAAAGCCAAGCUCGUUCAAGCCAGUCUCCUUUGCGAAGCAGAAAUUCUCAGUGCCCAAGGUUCCAGGUGCUCCUGCACCCCCGAAGGCGCCGGAGAAAACCCCAUCUACAUCCACAACACCGUUAGGUACCCCACAGCCAAGCUCCCGCCCGCGCUUGGUCGCAAAGACCACACUCGGAAUGCGUGAUUCGCUUUCCAAGAAUGGAGCUGGUGGAGCCAACUCGAGCGGAUCAGGGCCCGAUCCAAAUCAGGUCUGGAAUAAGAACCGGCCUGUUGCGCCUCCACCCCCAAAGCAUUUGACCGACGAAGAGUUGAAGCAGCAAUAUGGAAUUCAUAUGACUUCUCGCAUUCAGGAAGAUGGAGCUGUGACCUCAGAAGCCAAGUGGGCGGAUAUUGACGACGACGAGGAUGAUUGGGCCCCCGAGACGAUUGAGUGGACGGAUGGAACCAAGGUCAAUCUAACGCAUGGUCAUGCCGAUCCUCCACCAGUUCCAAGUCAACCGGUGCAAAGCCUACCAGAGCCUAAAGAAGCCCCCAAGGAGACACAGGCACAGGCACAGGCACCCAAAGAAGCUCCUGUUGCGCCAAAGGUCCAAGCUGCGCCGAAGCUCACAACUUCUGUUGGGCCCAACCCGACCAUCCUGAAACUUGGAGCGAACGCAGAACGCCAGGCGAGGACUGCAGGUGCAUCCUUGAAGGGCGCGAAUGACAAGGUUCCUUCUAGCUCCACAAGCCCAGCACCACCAUCCAAAUCUCCAUGGGCCCCUCUGCCUCCUGUCGAGAGGGUAUCUCCAGUCAAUGGCCCGAUGGCACCUCCUCAGCAACAACGCAUGCCCGUGAGGCAUCACCCCAACAGGGACGAUGGUCUCCAUGCACCGCCAAAGGAGAUUGCCGCUGAUGACUUCAACCGUACAUGGAAAGAAUUCCAAUCUGGGGCCCCUCGGGAGCUUUUCAAUUCGCGGUCUGGUCAAUACGAACCGGUGGCAGAGACCAGGAGGCCUUCAUGGCGCCAUGACCAGCACCCGCAUCCCCGCGCUCCUGCCGUAUUACAGAGAGCUAAUGAUCACCCAAGCGGACCAGCGGAGCCAUCCGCUGCUUUCCAGACGCACAGGUCAAGCCACCAGGACGGCAUGGGCUGGGGCGGUCGUCGUCGUACCUCGUCGAAUGUGAGCGGUGGCAGCGGAGGCUUCGGUCGUAGAAUGUCUUUCGGUCGACAUGAUGCACCACCAAGAAUGAACGACGGCCGAAGGGGCUCUCAAACAAUAAUUGAUCCGGCGUUGAUGGGUCCCGAGCAGCACCACCACCAGUACCACCACCAGUACCACGGCAAAGAGGAGAUUUCUCACCCGCCAGGACCAAAUGGGACGACUGUACGGUCUGCCGAUCAGGUUCCUGUGGAGGCGCCUCCAGAGACACAGCCAGCGGUUCCUCCCCCAGAGGAUCCUGUUGUUUUGCAAGAGCGUAUCAUGAAGGAGAAGCGUCUAGAGGCGAGACAACGCAGGAUUGAGCAAGAGGAGAAAGAAGAAGCUGCUAAGAAAGAGCGGAUUAGACAGCGACUUGAGGCGAUGGGACCUGCGCCAGAGAAAAAAGCCCCAGAGUCACGUACUCCUCCUGCCCCUCCAUCCCAACUUUCACCUCAACCUCACUCUCAUCCUCACCCUCACUCUUCUCCUCUCACUUCGCACCAAUCCACUCACCCCAUUUCACCUCCACCCAAACCUCCCGUCCCAGAGCCAACAGGUGCACCAAAGCAGUAUGGUAUGAUGAAAGUGCAUCAUCCAGACUCUGUCAAGAAACUUGUUGGUGCUCACGACCGGCCCUCUGACGGCCACAAACAUUUCACUCGACGUGUCUCUUCUCCCAACCAGGAAACCCCCACUCCACGCGAACCACUUGCACCCAACUCCCCUGUCAAGUCAAACGGUCAACCUGAAGAAAGGUGGCAACAAAACAACUUGAAAGUGUCUACCUCGCCUUGGUCUCACCCAAGCAUCACUACAACCUCCCCCACAGUCAAGAACCCGUGGAAACCCUUGGGUAGUGAUCGCACACCCACUCUCGGAAACGGCAUUUUCGACCAACCUCUUGGUUUCUCUUCCCGUGAGAAUUCUUUACGUCAGCUUGGAUUCGAUCAAGCAGCCAUGGCUAGUCCUCCCAACUUCGUUGCUGCUGCUCCGGAGCAAGCUGCCUGUCUACCCUCACCCGAGGCACGUCACACCUCAUUUGACCCGUUGCAUCCCAUCGGUCGUCCCGGUCCCAUCGGACCACCGAACGCACAGCAGCCUCGUGCAGUGGAUGCCUGGAACUCCUUCGCAGAAAAUGCAGGCGAAAGUGAACGCCAGGACCAGAAGAAUUUCAUGGAGCAUUUCCACAAGACGCAUCAGAAGGGCGAGCAUGUUACGGCCCCAUCUACCUUCAAUGAAACCUGGAAACAGAUCAAAUCCAACGACCAAGGCCGACGUGUCGUCAGCUCAGUCACUCGCACGGUUGUGAGCAAAAAGGAGGAAGCAACUUCCGAGCCGGGCGUGCAGCCGCUGUCUAACCCGUUGACUGUCGCUGCUCCUGUGGAUGGGCUCCCAUCAUCUGAUCUCAAUCGUUCUGGUCCUCCGCCUGCUCGCAGCUCCCGGUUCUUCCCCUCUGCCACCGAGCAGCAGCCCAAGCGCCAGGUCGUCGAGAGGGAGCGCAGUGGCAGCCCUUCACCUCCUCCCCCUGAGGAGGUUUCAAGCCACCCGGUCUACUUUGGGGAUUCGAGCCGCCCUCACGUGCAUCUCCCUAUUCCCAAGCCCGUCGUGAAGCUUCCACCAAAGGUCGUGAGCGCCCCGGCGCCUCCGCCCACGUUCGCUUCCAUGGCAGCCGCUCCUCCCCGCAACGCGAUGCCUCGAACUUCGACCGCCAUCUCGUGGCAAGAAAAGAUCAACAGUCUCUUCAAAUCCGAACCCAACAAGAACGUGCUCGCUGUGACUCCCGCUACUAAGGAAGCCUUGUCAGUUCACACUGCUGCGGUAUCCGUCUCGAUCCCUCGAACUAAGCUUGGAUCACAGAAAGGAGACGGUGAUAUUGCGGUUGAACAAGUUGAAAGACAGGAUGAAAUGUUUGAAGAUCGCGAGCCAGGCUCCUUGCCUGCUGUCCGUGUUCCCACCAUGGCACCCCCCAAUUCAUGGGGACCACUUCCUCCCUUGCGACAACUUCGUAAGAACAUCAGGCAGGUCUACUCUCAGAGCAUUGCGGCGUUCGUGGUUGGACAGACUGAUCGUGAUAACCAUGGCAAUAUGCGAGCCACAGUCCUCCUUCCAGGGGGUAUUGAGCCUGUGGUGUUCCUCGUUCCACGCAAGCCUGGCCCACAUCGACCCCGCAACAAUAACAACAACCGACCUCGCAAGGGCAAUAGCAAGCCUGGGGAGGCACCUAGGACCAAAUUCGAGAAGCCUACCUCCAACACAGGAUCACGACAACAGUCCAGCAAGCCGAGCUGGGGACCUACUUCACAUUAA